UCUCUCUCUCUCUCUCUCAAAGUGGCUGGUGUAGAUUCUGCUGCUCUGUGUAACGUGCCAGUGUCCCGGGCCUGCCUGCCUGUGUGCGCGCGUGUUGCCUGUUCAGGAGACUCCUUUGUUGGAGGGUUUUGCCCCGGUCCCCUCGGUGACAGUGGGGAGACGCUCCCUCGACGCGGACGCGGUCAGUUGGCGUGUCCCGACCCGGAGUGACGGCUGCGCGCUCCUAUGGUUCCUCCCAGACACUCCUGCGCUGGUCCCCUCGUCUGACUCCGUGCCCCGCUCACCGCGGCUCCUCCGUGACCUACUUACAAGUGCGUCGGAGGCCGAAGCGAGUCCCGGGGCUCAAGAUGUCGGUGGCGGGCUUGAAGAAGCAGUUCUAUAAAGCCAGCCAGAUGGUAAGUGAGAAAGUUGGAGGAGCAGAAGGAACUAAACUAGAUGAUGACUUCAAAGAUUUGGAACGGAAAGUAGAUGUGACCAGUAGAGCAGUAGUGGAGGUCAUCUCCAAAACAUCAGAGUACCUUCAACCCAACCCAGCAUCUCGGGCCAAACUGUCCAUGUUGAACACCAUGUCUAAGAUCCGUGGUCAGGUGAAGAACCCUGGCUAUCCUCAGGCAGAGGGACUGCUAGGGGAGUGUAUGUCCAAGUAUGGACGGGAUCUGGGAGAGGAAACAAACUUUGGCGGAGCAUUAGUAGAUGCAGGAGAGACCAUGAAGAGAUUGGCAGAAGUCAAAGACUCUCUAGACAUCGACGUCAAGCAGAACUUCAUUGAUCCGUUGCAAGGACUCUGUGACAAAGACUUCAGAGAGAUACAGCACCACCUCAAGAAGCUCGAAGGCCGUCGCCUGGACUAUGACUACAAGAAAAAGCGCCAGGGCAAGAUCCCAGACGAGGAGGUUCGACAGGCCCUGGAGAAGUUUCAUGAGUCGAAGGAAGUGGCUGAGACCAGCAUGUACAACCUGCUGGAGACGGAUAUCGAGCAGGUGAGCCACCUCACGUCCCUGGUGGAGUCCCAGCUGCAGUACCACCGACAGGCCGUGCAGGUGCUGGAGGAGCUCUCCGACAAACUCAGAGACAGGAUGAGCGAGGCUCAGUCUCGCCCAAGACGUGAAUACACACCCAAACCCAAACCCAUCUUUGACUUCGGAGAUGACAAUCAUUCAAACGGUGGAUACUCAACCUCAAUGGCUCCUCCACCUUCAUGUAACUCUGAGCAGUCUUUUCACUCGGCCAGAUUGUCCUUUCGGAAACCAAGAUUGUUGCCGGAGCAGCCGAGCUGUAAGGCGCUAUACGACUUUGAUCCGGAGAACGAGGGGGAGCUGGGCUUCCGCGAAGGCGACAUCAUCACCCUGACCAAUCAGAUCGACGAAAACUGGUACGAGGGCAUGCUGAGCGGCCAGUCGGGAUUCUUCCCUCUCAACUACGUUGAGGUCCUUGUUCCGUUGCCUCAUUAAUACAAAGAGAGCAAGAGAGGAGACUGACGGAGAGGAGAAGUUAGUGGGAAUUGUGACGAGGGAAGUGAGUGGAGCCAGGGAACGGUCCGCAGAAGAUUAAUUUUCAACUUCGGCUCCAGCGUCAUCCUCGCAGAGUGGUUUGGGGGAUUUCAAAGUCCACACCAGAAUAUCAACCUAUUCCAUCCAAAGGUAAAAGGAUUGACACUGAGAUGGACACAAAACGUUGUUACCUGUCAGUCAGAAAACAUUUCUUUAGUAACAAACUGAUGAAAUGCAAGCAAUAUUUUUUUCUUUAACCAUAAAUUACAGAAAUAGUAAAAAGAAUUGUAUUAAAUCUGAUUAAGAUGACUGGAAUGAUGCAUUCACAUGAUCCUCUGCAGUCGGUUUAAACAGCAGGUUGGUCGGCGGUUUUCCACCAGUCAGUUUUCAGGCUAGAGAGGCCGACUCAAACCUCUCAGUAAAAUCAUGUAACCGGACUCAAUGUCAUACUCAUUUCAAAACUGAAACUUUGAGUCCCUUUACAAGGACUGGCCCGCAGCUCGUGACGCCUCCUGUUGGUGUGACUGAGAAUUACUUCUACCUGAACUGAAAUGGAACUACACAGAAACAGAAAUGUAGAUUUAGUAGCGUCUUGAAAAAAAAAAGGAUUACCGUGUCACAAUUUUAAUGAGAAAGACGAGUGAAAAUGUCUCUCAGAUUUGGGAUUUAGGUCCGUUGACUUUAGCUUCACAACACACCAGUGGCUUCAUUUUUUUGUUAUCAUUUCAGUAUUUGAUUGAUAUAGUUUCCGCUCACUACAGCAGUUUGUUUUUAAAGUGUAGAACAGCUUAAUGAAUAUGUGAGAAUAUGUACCUGCACCUUGGUCCUCAGAUGAGAUUGAUGUGUGUGUGACAGACUCACUCCGCCAUUAUACAAAGACCCAAAGUUAAAUGCAGACAUUGCACCUUUUUUCGUCACUCAAGGCGUGUCUAGAAGCACUGGUAGAUUAGUCUGCUUGUCUGUCCAAUAGAAACAAUGGAGCCAAAAAAAAAAAGUGCACAUAGAUGUUCUGAAACAGCCAUAUAUUCAUUUAGUGUCGGGCCUGUUUGUCUUAUCGUAUUGAGCCCUUUACCUUAUUGUCCAAGACUUUUUCACAUCCAAUUUGAAGGCGCCUGUUUACUCCAUGUGAUGCCUGAGCAGACGACGCUGCUGGCAGCGACUUCGUCUCUCAUAUACUUAACCCACUGUCCCACUGUCUCUGUCUGUCUCUCAUGUAUUUGAGAAUGUGAAACUCAUUUCUGCUUCGAGUCUGACCACGUUACUCUGAUCACGGUGUUUGUGUAAUGGGCUGAUGUAGUGAAAUCUGUGAAGACGAGGGAGGUUUGUUGUUUUGGAUCGAGCCACCUUCCACAAACCUGCAGCCGGAGUCUAAUGCAGCAUAAAAACUGUACAGUAUGAGGGAAAGACCUGGAGUGAAAGGGAAAACAUCAAGGGUGGGGGGGGUUGGAGGAUUGGAAUAAUUUGGAGAACCCCUUUUACCAAACAUGAAUCCUCACCAAAACACGUGUUGAGAGUCUGAUUCUUUUCAGGGGGAGUUUUGAUGAAUAACAAGUCCUACUUCACUGUCCGCAGUCUCUUUCUGCUACAUUCCCCGACUGCUUUGUGUGUUUGUCCUUCACUCCUGAGUUUGGUCCUAUAUGUUUACAUCUCUGAUCCUACUUCAUUUCAAUGCUUGUAUCAAGUUCAGGGCAAAGUUAAAGGACUGUGGGAGGUGCUGUCUGGAUCACACUGUAAUAAAAAAGUCCCUGUUAACUGUGUUUGAGUGCCUUUGGAAAAGAAAGGAGGGAAAGUACAGCGACUAAUACAGCAACCAAAACCUAACCUAGCUACUUAAAAACAAUGGUUUCUUUUUCUUUUUUCUACUUUAAGUUUUUAUUGUUGCCAUUGGCACUUUUCCUGUGUAAAGAUGAGAUGCGUGUGCACAUUUCUGACACUACAGCAGCUUCCUGAACAUGUAUUUGGAUAAUGUGAGGUUUAUCAACAAACCACCAGAGGAAGCUGCUUUUAUGUAGAAUUUAAUCCAUGUGUGAAAAAAAAAAAAGUCCCUCUGGUUUCUUUGUGUUUUUAAAGGGCUAUACAUUUGUUUAAUCAGUCUUAAAUGAACAGCAUAAAAUCACUCGGGCUCUCGAUAGUAUUAUUUUUUAUAAACAAGACCUUAAAACAUUUUAAAUUAAUCUUUGCAUGUAGUCCUAUGUUACACCUUGUAAAUGUACGUCUUAGAUUUAAGUUGCCUUUUUACUUUUAUGUGUAUGAGUACAGAAUUUAACCGCAAUAUUUUGUCUUUUUAUUAUCAAAGUGUUUGUACGAGCCUCUGUCUCUUCCCCUACCCCCAUUCUUACUAUAAAUAAAAAAGGGGAAAAAGG